AUGGUGGCUCCUCUUGCGGGAGAGACGGCCAUCUCGGCCAAACGUGCUGAGCUUUCAGGCAAAAAUGGGCUCAAGGGCCUGCUCAGUAACAAGAAGACAACAUGUAUCGGACUUUUCGCGUCGCUGGGAGGUCUGGUCUAUGGAUACAAUCAGGGAAUGUUCGCGCAAGUUUUGACAAUGCCGGCGUUCCAGGCAGCUACUCAAGAUUACGCGAAAGAAACGGGUAUUAAGCAGGGAAUGCUGACCUCUAUCCUCGAACUUGGUGCUUGGGUAGGGACAUUGGCAAAUGGAUAUCUCGCCGAUGCGCUCGGUCGUCGUCUGACUGUUUUGGUUGCCGUGGCAGUGUUCUGCGUUGGUGUCAUUGUUCAAGCCUGUACGGAGAAUAAAGACUUUGUCUUCGGAGGUCGAUUCGUGACUGGUCUGGGUGUUGGUAGUCUGAGUAUGGUUGUGCCAUUGUACAAUGCAGAGUUGGCACCACCGGAGAUCCGUGGCUCGCUCGUCGCUGUGCAGCAACUCGCCAUCACCUUUGGAAUCAUGGUCAGCUUUUGGAUUGGCUAUGGAACAAAUUAUAUUGGCGGAACUGGGGCAACGCAAUCGGAUGCUGCAUGGCUGGUCCCAGUCUGUAUUCAAAUCCUGCCCGCUGUCAUCUUGGCUGUGGGUAUGAUGAUGUUCAUGCCACAGUCCCCCCGUCAUCUGAUGAACACUGGCCGCGAGGAAGAAUGCCUACAAACACUGGCCCGCUUGCGUAACGCACCUCCAGAUGAUAUGCUUGUUCGCAUUGAGUUCCUUGAGAUCAAGAGUUUGUACCUCUUUGAACGAGAGACGGCUGCCGAGAAGUAUCCCGACUGGCAGGAUGACUCGUUUUCCAGCCGCUUUAAGAUCGGAUUUUAUGAUUACAUGUCAUUAAUCACUGACAAGUCUCUCUUUAAGCGCACGGCAACGGCGUGCAUGGUUAUGGUGUUCCAACAAUGGAAUGGUAUCAACGCAAUUAACUACUAUGCACCAUUCAUCUUCAAGGAGAUGCACCUAGGCGGCAACACAAUCUCACUACUCGCCACCGGUGUUGUUGGAAUUUUCGAGUUCGUCUUCACCAUUCCUGCUGUCCUGUGGGUUGACAAGAUUGGACGAAAGAAGAUCCUAAUUGCUGGCGCAAUUGGAAUGGCAUCCUGUCAUUUCAUUGUCGCCGGUAUCAUUGGCGCCUACCAGGGUAGUUUCGAAGAGCACACAGCUGCUGGCUGGGUUGCUAUUGUCUUUGUUUGGAUUUUCAUCAUCAACUUCGCCUACUCAUGGGGACCUGUUGCGUGGAUUGUUACUUCCGAGGUAUUUCCGCUUAGCAUGCGUGCCAAGGGCGUCAGUAUUGGAGGUAGCAGUAACUGGUUGAACAACUUCGCAGUCGGUACUGCUACAUCUCCUUUCCUCCAAAAAAGCAACUUUGGUGCAUUCAUCUUCUUUGGAUGCAUCACGACCGUUGCCGUAUUCUAUGUGAUCUUCUUUGUACCCGAAACCAAAGGUCGCACUCUUGAGGAGAUGGACGAAUUGUUCGGAUCGGUCGGGUUGGCAGCUGCUGAUACUGGACGCAAGCACCGAAUUGAACGUGAAAUCGGGCUUCUUGCCCUUGUCGGUGUGGAGCCUGCCGAUGAGAAGCACACUGAGGCCGGUAUGGAUGAGAGCAAGGUUGAGGUGUUGAAGCACGAGGAUGCCGUGCCUAGCCCCAAUAAUUGA